AAGGACACAUGAAUCCCAUUGUGUACCUGAUGAUGAGGAGGAGGAGGAGGAGGAGAAAGGUCCAACACACACUAAGGAGGAGAUGGAAGAGGAGGAAGACUGUCUACAAUGGAGGGGUCCAGAUGAUCUGGAGCUGAGUGAUGAUGCUGCUUACCCCAAGGUCCUGGCCUGCCGGGACCUCACCACCGACACACUAUGGGGGCCAUACGCUGGGAUCAUCCAAACAGAAGAUGCUGGAGAUGACCAGGAGUCAGAGAUCUCCAGGUUGAGCCUGGUGUGUGAGGACACAGACUGCUGGCUCCGUAGAGUCCUGUUAACCUCUGAUGCAACAGAUACCAACUGUACCAUCUACAGCCAAGGUGAGGAGCUGUAUUGUAAGGUAACCCAGGACAUCUCCACAGGGGACGGUCUGCUGGCUACGCUGUCUACACCCUCUAUGGAGCAGCGGUCCCCCUCUAAGACCCAGGGUGUUGCGGUGAAGGAGGAGCCUACAGGUGUCUACCCAGCAUCCCUCCACUCUGAGAUACAGCUCCUCCCCCAGCAGGCUGGGAUGGCAGCCAUCUUGGCCACGGCAGUUGUCAACAAGGACAUCUUUCCGUGUAAGGACUGUGGGAUCUGGUACCGCAGUGAGAGGAACCUCCAGGCCCACCUCAUGUACUACUGUGCCAGCCGGCAGAAGCAGCAGUCCUCCUGCUCCCCUCCACAGGACAAGCCCAAGGACUCCUACCCCAAUGAGCGUGUCUGCCCCUUCCCACAAUGUAACAAGAGCUGCCCCAGCGCCAGCUCCCUGGAGAUCCACAUGCGGACACACAGUGGUGAGCGUCCCUUUGUGUGUCUGAUCUGCCUAUCGGCCUUCACCACUAAAGCCAACUGUGAGCGUCACCUGAAGGUGCACACGGACACGCAAAACGGAGUGUGUCACGGCUGUGGCUUCAUCUCCACCACGAGGGACAUCCUCUAUAGCCACCUGGUUACCAGUCACAUGGUUUGUCAGCCCGGCUCGCACAGUGAAGUGUACUCCCCAGGUCCUGGCCUGCCCAAACUGCCUCUGUCCACAGGUCUAAGUCCAGGAGACUCUGGUGUUGUGUUGAAAUGCCAGAUAUGUGGCCACGUCACAGACUCUCCCGGCCAGCUCCAGCAGCAUGUUAGCACACACCUGGAGGUGAGAGUCCCGGCAGAGAGGAGCCCCUCACCCCGCCAGAGCACCCCCUCCUCAGCUGACCACCCUGAGCCCCCUGCCUGCGUACCCCACCCUGACUCCUCCAGCCCUGGGGCCAAUGGGAGCUCAGCCACCCCGCGAGGCUGCAGCCCACCUGACCACCUCCCCACAGACAUGAGGAUCAAAGAGGAACUGCGCUCGGACUCUGAGAAUGAGGGGCAAGAGGAGGAGGACCGGGAGGGGAAGAGCCAUGGACACACAGGGGUAGGGUGCUCUCAGACCUCAACCUCCCCUAGGAGUCCCUUUGCUGUGGCCGUGAAGGCAGAGCCAACCAGCCCCACCCCUGGCUCCAGCCCUGCCCACCUGGGAGGAGCUGGCUCAGUGCUGCCUGGAGCAGCUGUAUUCCUGCCACAGUACAUGUUCAGCCCAGAGGCAGCCAUCCUGCCCCAGGCCUCAGAGAUCCUGGCCAAGAUGUCUGAGAUGGUCCACAGCCGGCUCAAGCAGGGCCAGGUGUCCCCUGGGGCAGCACCAGCCUUCUAUCCCGCAGGCACUACCACCGCUGUCCACAAGGGGGCCACAUGCUUAGAGUGUGACAUCACCUUCAACAACAUCAACAACUUUUACGUUCACAAGAAGCUCUACUGCUCCAGCAGGCAUCAACAGGGAGACGCGGCUGGCCCAGUGAAGGAGGGGGCCUCAGGGGUCACUGUCCCCUCUGUCGGACACGGUUCAUCCCCUCAGGCUGCCACAGCCUCCCACAGUGACUCAGACCCUGUUCCAGGCAACACCGGCACAGAGGGAAAGCUGGUGGAGGUAAAAAGUGAGAACCCUGGGGUGAAGGAGGCUGUGUCCUCCUCUUCCUCUGAGGGGGAAGGUGGUGGAGGAGGACGAGACCUGGCCAGUGAGGGCAGCCAGAGCCCCAGCGGCUCAGCAGAGGACCAGGAAGAAGACCCCACCAGGACCUUCUGUCAGGCCUGCAACAUUCACUUCAGUCGCCAUGAGAACUACACCGUCCACAAGCGCUUCUAUUGUGCCUCGCGCCACGAUCCGUCCAACCAGCGGUCAAGCGCUGGCAAAGCCACCUUCCUGCCUCAGCCCAUCCGCACGCGCAAGAGGAAGAAGAUGUAUGAGAUCCACAUGGCUCGGACUGAGGCCCUAGCCAACGCUGCUGCUAUUGCCUUUCCCUCUGCUCCAGGGCUGGGCCCGGCUGUGAAGCAGGAGGCUGCUGCCUCAUUGGGGAAGGUCCUGGAGGCCCCUGUUCCAGCCAUGGCCUUGGGCCUGUGUCCAGCCACUUCCAGUAGCACCAGCCCUGAUGGAGACGGUCCAAUCGACCUGAGUAAGAGGCCCCGUCUGAGGGACACCCCACGGGGCAGCAGCAGCAUCUCUGCUCUGCCCCUCACUGACUACCAUAAGUGCACCGCCUGCAGCAUCAGCUUCAACAGCAUUGAAAACUACCUGGCCCACAAGACCUACUACUGCCCAGCCACCACCUUGCAGGCCCACACCCUGAAGACGCUCCACAGGCUGAAGAGACCAGCCUCCACUUCCCCAGAGGCCAAUGGGCUCCCCACAGAGAAGGCUCCUCAGGGGGCCUCGCCCAGCCCUCACUCCUCAUCUUUGCCUGGCUCUGAGGCUACAUCCCUUCACAGUGGCCCUGCAGCCAAAGGCCCAGGUUCUCCUCCUGUGGUCUGCCCCUACUGCCCUCCCAAUAGGGCGGUGACCUGUGACCUGGUGGAGCACUUCAGAUCCAUGCAUGGCCUGGUCUUGAACCUGGAGGGCCAGCCAGCUGUCAUCAGCCCCAGCCUGAGCCCCAGGGAUGAGACUCCAGUUACCCCGCCCAAACUGGGCCUCCAGACCCGCAGGGACAGCAUCAACAUUCGGGUCAGAAUGGACACUAUAUCCCCCUCCUCUCCCCUGGUGAACAUUAGCCCCCUGGGUCCCCAUGCUGGGGGUGGCAGCUCCCCCAAAGCAGCCCCUCCUGCUGUGUCUCCCACCAGGUCCCUCCCCCUGACUGUGUCCCCUGUGCCUGAGGUCCUGAGGGAGGUUGGGGUUAUGAACCAGCAGGCUGCUGUUGCUCUGCUUCCAGACAGGGCAGCCCUCACCCUGGCUCUCCCACUCCCUGUUGCUGUCCCGGCACCUACCACACCCAAGACCCUCCUGGUCUCCCCUUUGCAGAAUGGUAACAUCCGCUUCUGCCGGCUGUGCAAUAUCAAGUUCAGCAGCCUGUCCACGUUCAUAGCCCACAAAAAGUACUACUGUUCCUCCCACAGCGCUGAGCACGUCAAGUGAACAUGCCUGUCUCUGCACAGUGUCCCCUCACAGCCUAGCCCCAGCUUUUCACCUGUGUCAGUGCCACCAUGGCAUAGCACCACGUCUGGACAGUCUGUUACUCGCCAGGCACUGGUUAGCUGCUCGCACGCUGAAGCUCCCGGUAUUGUUACUAUGGUAACUUAUUUCUUCUUAUGGGUCAAAGUUCGUAUUACACUAAGAGCGGAGAUACGCUACCUGCACACACAUUUGUGCCCACCAUCCCUUCCCCACCACCUCAAUACCAGUCCCCUAGCCCUCUCCCUCCCCUCUCACCUCCAAGGUUCACAGAAUGUUGAUAAUGGGACUUUUAGAUCCAACAUUUAAUCUCCUGAGCAAGCUUAAUUUAACUGUUUAUACCACAGUUAUCUUGAUUUGAUUGUGAUUGUUUGAAGCAUUUCUUGCUCAUGACGAAACUUGCUUUUCCUGAGCCAUUGAUGCUCAUGACCUGUCAUUGAUUGGGGACAACUGUUGUCCCUCAGGGCCCUCUUGUGGAGCUGACCAUCUCCACCUUUUUAUUUCUACCUACCUGUGCAUAGUGUAUGAUGCUUUAAAAUAAUUAUAUGCUUUUGUUUGAACACUGGCUCUUUUGUUAACUAGAAAGCAUUUUAGGUGAAUUACAGGAAUGGGUGUCACAAGGUUAUCAAUUACAGAUGAAAUAUUUGCAAAUGGAUAGAUUUUCAUUUUUUCCAAAACCACAAUGGUAAUUUCUCUUAAUGCAACGGAAAGCAUGGGAAAUAUUUAUCUCUGAUUUCAUGUCAACAGAAAACUACCUAGCGUCUGAAAAUAUUUGACUUUUUUAUUUGUAUUGUUUUCAUACUUUUCGAAGGAACUGUUUCAAUCUUGGUGUGUAAAGGUGUUUUUGUAAGUGUAGAUAUAUAUCUUUCACAGUAAUCACUGGGAUGACACUGAAUCUUAUUUUCAUUAUUGUCAGCAUUUUUCUUUAAUGCUGGUGUUUUAAAUUUGGGUAGAACGAAGAUGACUGGACCUGAGGAUGAGGAUGAAGACACUUCACUUCCUGUUCCUAUAAUGCCCUUCACAACACCACCCUUCUCCCAAAUGAAACCUGACCUUUAACCCACAAACCUCCUACUGUACCAACAUAUUACACCCGCCAAUCUGCAGCUGCUGAUACACCACCAUCUUGCUAUGUGAUGCUUGAAUUAGACAUGGGAUCCAUUUAAAUCUAUGUUGAUUAAUUGACACCUCUUAGUGUGUGCUUGUUCUAUUGUGUUUUUCCGGUAAUGAAGUAAAAGAAGAAGAGAAAAGUGAGAAGGUGUAAGAGACAGGCAAGGACAGCAGAUGUAUUUCACAGAUUGUAGAGAGACACACGGUAGAUACUGUAGCUCCUAAAAGUGUCAUGUCUAAAACACAAACACACAUACAGUUGAAGUUGUACGUUUACAUACACUUAGGUUGGAGUCAUUAAAACUUGUUUUUCAACCACUCCACAAAUUUCUUGUUAACAAACUAUAGUUUUGGCAAGUCGGUUAGGACAUCUACUUUGUGCAUGACACAAGUCAUUUUUUCCAGCAAUUGUUUACAGACAGAAUAUUUCACGUAUAAUUCACUGUAUCACAAUUCCAGUGGGUCAGACGUUAAUUAACAUACACUAAGUUGACUUAAACAGCUUGGAAAAUUCCAGAAAAUGAUGUCAUGGCUUUAGAAGCUUCUGGCUAAUUUACAUAAUUUGAGUCAAUUGAAGGUGUACCUGUGGAUGUAUUUCAAAGCCUGACUUCAAACUCAGUGCCUCUUUGCUUGACAUCAGGGGAAAAUCAAAAGAAAUCAGUCAAGACCUCAGACCUCUACAAGUCUGGUUCAUCCUUGGGAGCAAUUUCCAAACGCCUGAUGAACGGUACCACGUUCAUUUGUACAAACAAUAGUACGCAAGUAUAAACACCAUGGGACCACGCAGCCGUCAUACCGCUCAGGAAGGAGACGUGUUCUGUCUCCUAAUGAUGAACGUACUUUGCUGCGAGAAGUGCAAAUCAAUCCUAGAACAACAGCAAAGGACCUUGUGAAAAUGCUGGAGGAAACAGGUACAAAAGUAUCUAUAUCCACAGUAAAACGAGUCCUAUAUCGACAUAACAUGAAAGGCGUCUCAGCAAGGAAGAAGCCACUGCUCAAACCGCCAGACUACGGUUUGCAACUGCACAUGGGGACAAAUAUCCUACAUUUUGGAGCAGUAGCUGAAGAACACCAUCCCAACCGUGAAGCACGGGGGUGGCAGCAUCAUCUUGUGGGGGUGCUUUGCUGCAGGAAGGACUUGUGCACUUCACAAUAUAGAUGGCAUCAUGAGGCAGGAAAACUAUGUAGAUAUAUAUUGAAGCAACAUCUCAAAACAUCAGUCAGGAAGUUAAAGCUUGGUCGCAAAUGGGUCUUCCAAAUGGACAAUGACUCCAAGCAUACUUCCAAAGUUGUGGAAAAAAGGACAACAAAGUCAAGGUAUUGGAGUGGCCAUCACAAAGCCCUGACCUCAAUCCUAUCGAACAUUUGUGGGCAGAACUGAAAAAGUGUGUGCGAGCAAGAAGGCCUAGAAACCUGACUCAGUUACAGCAGCUGUGUCAGGAGGAAUGGGCCAGAAUUCACCCAACUUAUUGUGGGAAGCUUGUGGAAGGCUCCCCAAAAAGUUUGACCCAACUUAAACAAUUUAAAGGCAAUGAUACCAAAUACUAAUUGAUUGCAUGUAAACUUCUGACCCACUGUGAAUGUUAUGAAAGAAAUAAAAGCUGAAAUAAAUAAUUCUCUUUACUAUUAUUCUGACAUUUCACAUUCUUAAAAUAAAGUGGUGAUCCUUACUGACCUAAGACAGGGAGUUUAAAUGUAUUUGGCUAAGGUGUAUGUAAACUUCCGACUUCAAAUGUACAUCCCUGGUUUACGGAGUGUUGUUGAAUAGACCUGCGAAAUGCAAUCUUUCCUCAGUCAGAACUGGCUAUACUGGCACAGCCUUAGCGUAGAGUUGAGUUAGCUGGUCCUGUGCUCCACUAUCCUUACCUCUCAUGAUGAUCUACAUGGAUCGGUUUGUUACUUGUGCUGUUCUCUUCUCUGUGUUACACAGGCAGAUGUUUCUCUGCACUAAAAACUGGAAAACAAAAUGGCAGUGAAAAGUUGAGAAUUUUUGCUCAGUUGUAGUUUUGAACAGUGCUGUAUCAGUCAUAUCUUACUCAAUAAUGUUUACAAUUGCAUUGCGUUCUCAUUUCUAAAAGAGAUUAGCAAUUUCAACAAGUGACAAAUCGAGGAGCUCAGUGCUGAGAACCAUUUCGAAUAUCCCCUUUGUAUUGCACUGUGUUGUACAAAUGUGCUGAAUGUUUUAGUUUUAGAGGCUUUUUUUGUCAUGUAUUUAUGUUUUUACAGCACUUUUCUUUGUCCAAACUCAUCCCUUGAAAGAGUUGCUGAUCAAUUUCAACCUUUUCACAUUAAUUGAAAACAUUUUGUGAAUGAUUCCUAAUGGAAAAGUAAUAAUGAAUGUCAGAUCUUUUCUUUUUUAAAUUUCAAUCUCAAAUUCCACUACACACUUGUCCAAACUAUGCAUGGGAAAUAAACGUCCUGAGAGACAUUAAAGAGUGUCAAA